AUAAAGACAGACAUCACCUAAACGUAAUAAAGAAUGAUUACGCAUGAUGGUGGAUGUUUCUGAGUACCAGGAGAUAACCACAGAAUACAAUAACAUCAAUUUGACAGUCAAUAAAACAUGGACGAGAGAGCUGACAUGUACUGUGGACACCAGCAAUUUCCUAUCCACACCAUUAUUCCAUUCCCUAGUCUAUAUCCUUUACUCUACAAUUUUUAUCACGUCCCUUUCCGGAAACGGUCUGGUGUGCUUCAUCGUUCAAAGCUCCCCCAGGAUGAAGACUGUUACGAACUAUUUUAUUAUGAACCUCGCUAUUGGUGACAUUUUAAUGACAUUACUGUGUAUACCGUUUACUUUUGUGCCGAUGCUAGUAUUGAGAAAGUGGCCUUUUGGGCAGGUGAUGUGUAAACUUGUGAACUAUGCCCAGGUGGUAUCGGUGUUUGUGAGUGCGUAUACGUUGUUAGCGAUCUCGAUAGAUAGGUAUAUGGCGAUUAUGAGGCCGCUGAAACCGCGUUUGGGGCGGGUCGCUGCUAAGUUUAUUGUGAGCGGUGUCUGGGCGAGUGCCUGUGCGACUGCUGCUCCAAUCUUCAUUGUAUCGGAGAUCAAGAGGCCGACUGAAUGGCAUGAGUUCUGUGAAGAGGAUCUCUGCUUGGAACAGUGGGAGAAAUCGGAACACAGCCAGCAAUACUCAUACGUCCUUUUGACACUUCAAUUCGCGCUGCCAUUGACAGCACUUGUAUUGACAUAUGCGAGAAUAGCUCACGUGGUUUGGGGCGGGAAGCCCCCAGGUGAGGCUGAGAGUCUUCGGGAUUCACGGAUGCAGCUUGCUAAAAGAAAGAUGAUAAAAAUGAUGGUGACUGUCGUUGUGGUGUUUACAAUCUGCUGGCUACCGCUGAAUAUUUUUAUUAUAUUAUGGACCAUUCACGCAGAAGACAUGACAUGGGCGACGUGGCCAGGGAUGCCAUAUGUCUGGUUCGUUUGUCAUUGGCUGGCCAUGUCCCACUGCUGCUACAACCCCAUCAUCUACUGUUACAUGAACUCAAGGUAUCGCCGAGGGUUUCAACAGGCUCUCAGUUGUAUACUGCGUCCGCGCACGAACAGCAGCACUGGCCAGCAGGGCCAUUGCAGCGGGGAUGCAUUGCCCUUAACAGCAGAUCUUAUGGGUACCAAUGGAAUCGCACGUCGGGGGACGUCCAGCACAAACGUCAGUAGGCGUUUGACAGGCUCGUCUUUCAUUUCUAUGCCACGUAACGCUCCCAUCCGAGCGCUCUCCGUACGAUCCCAUUUCCACUGAAGAUAUACUAUAGUAUUAUAAUUAUACAAAUUGUUAUUGAUAAUAAAACU